GACUUGAGUGUCCCGAUAUGGGUAGAUAAGAUCGUUUGGUUCCGCCUUUGACCCCGUCGAAUUUGUCCAUGCACGCAUAGACUAGUCAUAGAGUAAAGGAACGAAUACAGUUCUUUACCAGGCCAGAACCCCCCAUUGCCACCACCAUGGAGAAGACACGACUGCAUCAGUCACUGGAGCGAGCACGGGCGCGCAAGGGCCCCAGUGUCGGCCAGUGGCUCGAGUUCCCCGGCUACACCCUCGCAAAGACAAUUGCAUCGCUGGGUGAGGAUUGGGUGCUCAUCGACUGCGAGCACGGCAACAUCGACGACCACGACAUGUAUCUCCAGAUCGGCGCCAUCUCGUCCAGCGGCGUGUCCCCGAUUGUCCGAGUGCCGAGCGACGAGCCGUGGAUGCUCAAGCGCGCGCUCGACGCGGGCGCCCACGGCGUCAUGGUCCCCAUGUGCGAGACUGCCGAGCAGGCCAACGCCAUCGUCCAGGCGUGCAAGUACAACACCCCCUCCAAGUGGCCAGAGGGCAAGCGCGGGGCGGGUGCAAUGUUCGCGCCCGGGGCGUUCAACCAGAACCCCCGGCAGUACCUCGAGAGCGCAAACGACAAUGUCUUGGUCUGCGUGCAGAUCGAGUCGCGGCUGGCGGUCGAGAAUGUCGAGGCCAUCGCUGCGGUCAAGGGCGUGGACAUGCUCUUUAUCGGCCCCAAUGACCUGGCGCAGUCGAUGGGUUAUCCGGCGUUCGACCACGCCUCCAUCCCAGAGGUGCAAGAAGCCGCGGCGCGGGUAUUGCGUGCCGCCCACGAGGCGGGAAAGUAUGCCGGCCACUUUGCGUUGAGUGCGGACAUUGCUGCCCAAAAGUACCAGCAGGGCUUCGAAUUUGUCAACUGUGGCGCAGACAUUGUUGCCGUCGCGACCUGGAUGGCAACCGAGAUGGGCAAACUAAGAGCCCUCACUGCUCAGAGUGCCAGUGCCGAGACGCCAACCUUAUAAUGUGUACUACUGGCCUAGCCUAGACGUUUGGGUUGAUUCACAUCUAUGGUCUAUUUGAG